CGGCUCCCCGGACCGGAAGUGGAGGCGAACUGUCGCGGGGCGCGCCCGGCCUCGCUCAACGCCUGGCAGUUCCCGCUGUCGCCGCCGCUCUCGGCCACUGCGGAGGCUUUCCGCAGCCGCCAUGUCCGCCAGUGCCGUCUACGUACUGGACCUGAAGGGCAAGGUGCUCAUCUGCCGGAAUUACCGCGGCGAUGUGGACAUGUCGGAGGUGGAGCACUUCAUGCCCAUUCUGAUGGAGAAGGAGGAGGAGGGGAUGCUGUCGCCCAUCCUGGCCCACGGGGGCGUCCGCUUCAUGUGGAUCAAGCACAACAACCUGUAUCUGGUCGCCACCUCCAAGAAGAACGCGUGCGUGUCGCUGGUCUUCUCCUUCCUCUACAAGGUGGUGCAGGUGUUUUCAGAGUACUUCAAGGAGCUGGAGGAGGAGAGCAUCCGAGACAACUUCGUCAUCAUCUACGAGCUGCUGGAUGAGCUCAUGGACUUCGGCUACCCCCAGACCACCGACAGCAAGAUCCUGCAGGAGUACAUCACUCAGGAAGGCCACAAGCUGGAGACAGGGGCCCCCCGGCCCCCAGCCACCGUCACCAACGCAGUGUCCUGGCGCUCCGAGGGCAUCAAGUACCGGAAGAACGAGGUGUUCUUGGACGUCAUCGAGUCCGUCAACCUCCUGGUCAGUGCCAACGGGAACGUCCUGCGCAGCGAGAUCGUGGGCUCCAUCAAGAUGCGGGUCUUCCUGUCGGGCAUGCCCGAGCUGCGCCUGGGCCUCAACGACAAGGUCCUCUUCGACAACACAGGCCGUGGCAAAAGCAAGUCCGUGGAGCUGGAGGACGUGAAGUUCCACCAGUGUGUGCGGCUCUCGCGCUUUGAGAAUGACCGCACCAUCUCCUUCAUCCCGCCCGACGGCGAGUUCGAGCUCAUGUCCUACCGCCUCAACACCCACGUCAAGCCCUUGAUCUGGAUCGAGUCCGUGAUUGAAAAGCAUUCCCACAGCCGCAUCGAGUACAUGAUCAAGGCCAAGAGUCAGUUCAAACGGCGGUCGACGGCCAACAAUGUGGAGAUCCACAUCCCCGUGCCCAACGAUGCCGACUCGCCCAAGUUCAAGACGACAGUGGGGAGCGUCAAGUGGGUCCCUGAGAACAGUGAGAUCGUGUGGUCCAUCAAGUCCUUCCCGGGCGGCAAAGAGUACCUGAUGCGGGCCCACUUCGGCCUGCCCAGCGUGGAGGCGGAGGACAAGGAGGGCAAGCCCCCCAUCAGCGUCAAGUUCGAGAUCCCCUACUUCACUACCUCUGGCAUCCAGGUGCGCUACCUGAAGAUCAUUGAGAAGAGCGGCUACCAGGCCCUGCCGUGGGUCCGCUACAUCACUCAGAACGGAGAUUACCAGCUCCGGACCCAGUGAGGGGCCGCAGUGGCUGACGCUCCUGGCCCUGGGGCUCCUGGCAGAAGCACCAGGAGGAAGCGCCUGCCAAGCCUGCCGGAAGGAGGGGCUCCCCUGGACACCAGCCAUGCUCCCGGUCCGCCCGGGGCCCCUCCUCCUCCUCCAGGUGCACCUGCUCCGCCGUCGCCACUCUCAUCUCCACGUCCCCUUUCCCAGAAGAGGCUCAUCUUUGAGAAGCCUCGUCUCUCUGCCCCCGCAGUUUGGGGGGAAGGGAAUGCCAUCUUUCUCUCCAGAGGUCAAAUACAGCCUUCUGUGCUGUUUCGCUCCCAGUCACAAAAAGACUGGGACACGCUCGGCCUCCAGCCGGGCUAGCAGGGCCGCCGUUCUGUUGAACGUUGUGGGUUUCCGAGUGUUCUGGACUUUGUCUCGGUCCCUCGCCGUUUACGUGACCCUCACUUUCCAAGCCUCCCGCCCCUCACCCUGAAGCGCACAGGCAGCACUUAGCGAGGACCAGACGUCCCCUUCCUCGCCCUCCUCCCCGGCGAGCCUGAUGCGGGGUCGCCCUCCACGUCUGGCCGGAACCCCGCACUUUCAUUGGAGGCUGCAGCUUCUGGCUGCUCCUUGGCAGCUCCUGGCCUGGACCCACAGGCUCCAACAGCGGCACCUCGCCAGGGCCAGCCCGUGCCACAUGAUGCUGUCACUUGGCCACAUCAGUGUUCGUCCCAUCAGGGGAGAUGGGGUCCAGCAAAGGUCACCCACAUCCAUGCUUGGAUGCCACUCUUCUCAACCCUGUCUGUGUUUGUGUCACAACUACAUUAAAUUCCAUCAGUUAAACCUGC